AUGCUUCGCACUGUUGGUAGAAAUUUCGGCUUUCGUUUGUCAUCAUUUCGUGCGCUGAGCACUGAAAAACCAAAGCCACCGAAGAAAACUAAGGAGGAGAUUAUGAAGGAGAAAACUCCGGCAGGAAAGCUGGAGGAGAAACCAUGGGAAGACCCGUACCUUCCCAGACAUCCAGGCGGAGUGAAUCCUAUCACUGGAGAGAUCGGUGGUCCUGCUGGUGUUGAACCGACUCGAUAUGGAGAUUGGGAGCGCAAAGGACGUGUCACAGACUUUUGA